AUGGCUAAGCGGAAGCCAGCAGUAGUCGCGCCGAGGAGAACAUCACCGCGAAAGGCGACGGCCCAAAAAGUACCAUCACCAUCACCAUCACCUUCAGUUGACGACGACAAUGACGAUGAAAAUGAUAUAGUUGAGGAGGACAUUGAAGAGGAGGAUGAGGAGGAAGACGAAGUGAGCAGUGGAAGCUUCGAGUUUGACGAUGAAGAGGACGAUGGUGAUGAUGAGGAAGAAGAGGAGGAAGAUGAAGAGGAAGAGGAAGAGGAUGACAGCGACCAGGACGAAGAAGAAAAAGAGGCGCAGACGCGACCAGACAUCACCAAAAAGGUCCUUUUCAAAGACGAGGAAGUUCAAGAAGGUGAAGAAGAAGGUGAUGAUGAUGAUGAUGAUGAUCAACAACAACAAAUUGAAGAGGACAAUGAGGAUGAGGACGAGGACGACGACGAGUCCAUCAACCACAGCGACAUGCUGAAGAAGCUGCUGAAGAACUCAAAGUACGCCGACCUGGCGGACGGCAGCUCUGAAAGUGGAAAGUUCAAGUGGCAGGCAAAGCGGACCGGCGUCGGCCAGGAGGUCUCCGAGCUGGCGAUGGCCAAGGACGCCAAGUCGAGGCUCCGCCUCUCCACACUGCUCAAGGUGAGCAAAAACUCCGAGGCGAAGCGAAAGAUGCGCAACUUCGAGGAGAAGGCGGUGAUGGAGGCGCCGCUGAAGAAGCCACUCGCUCAAAAGGCGGCUCGACGCGUCAACUUCGAGGCCGUCAGCGCGGAGAUCACCAAAUACGAUCCUAUUGUGCGGGAGNAACUCCGAGGCGAAGCGAAAGAUGCGCAACUUCGAGGAGAAGGCGGUGAUGGAGGCGCCGCUGAAGAAGCCCCUGGCGCAGAAGGCGGCUCGCCGCGUCAACUUUGA